AUGCCCAUGACGCUGCAGGUCCCCGAUGAGUACGGCUACGUCCUUCUCGUUGCUGCCUCGACUUUCUUCAUCAACACUACCCAUGUUCUUCUGACGAGCAAGUUCCGCAAGGCUAGCGGUCUCGUCUACCCGGUACCUUACGCUUCCAACGAGGCUGCUGAGAAAGACCGCAAGGCUUACAUGUUUAACUGCGCGCAACGCGCCCACGCCAACUUCACCGAGAACCAGCCCUCGUUCCUCGGCGCCUUGCUCAUCUCCGGUCUUCGCUUCCCCGUUGCCAGCGCUGCUAUCGGAGCGGGCUGGGCCCUCUCCCGACUAAUCUACGCCUUUGGCUACACGAGCGCUGCCGGCCCUGCAGGUCGCGUCCGUGGUUCAAUUGGGUCGUUCCUCACCGAUACCGCCCUUAAGUUCAUGGCUCUUUACACAUCCGUUGCCAUGAUUAUGGACUGGUAA